AGCGGACAGAACGAAGACUUGACACAUGACUGUCAGGGUUGAGGAGAAGAAAUACCCGUCUAUAAUUAUUUGGUGUUUCAAGUGACGAAUCCCAUGAACAAAAUGGAUGCUGCAGAGGAUAUCAGCAAGGCCAGAUGCAUAGCGACUGAACCUAUCAACUUUCUUCUCCUAGCGAUCCAGGGGAUGUUGGUAACACUGCGGACGCUCUAUAUCCAAGAGACUCUGGCCAGUGACUAUGGGUACAACUUGCUUCCUCAACAAGGAGGCAAUUGUUCGCUCCAGAACGUGACAGAUCCGUUGGAAGUCCAGAUAAACUCCGAGACUGCCCUUUGGAUUAUGUGGUUAUCAAGCAUCUCAACCUUCUUACCAAUUCUCACUGCUUCAGUUCUGGUGGCUUCUUCGGACUUCAUUGGUCGGAAACCCAUUCUCAUACUUUCAGCAAUUGGCCAUCUCAUUGCGUCUCUCAUCUAUUUGCUUGUUUCUUUAAUAGACCUACCACUUUUUGUAACCUUGCUUGCUGCCAUAACGUUAGGAAUCACCGGUGACACAUCUGCAGCAACCACUGUAAGUACUGCCUACAUCGCAGACUCCACGAGCGGUAAAUCGCGCACACAGAGACUGGUUUUACAAUCACUUGCAGUUUAUGUUGGAUGGGGUAGCGGUCAGGCCUUCGCAGGUAUUCUUGUAAGGUACCUUGAUAACUAUUCGGUGUGUUUUGCCAUACCCGUAGCACUAUCAGUCAUAAACCUCUUUUAUACGAUAUGUCCAGGGAUUCUUCUGGAAACGAUAUCGCAUCGUGAGUAUUUCAGUUUCAAGAAAGUUCUCCACAAAAGUUUUAAGAACCUCAGAGGGGUGUUCGGAAUGAAGGCAUCGAAAGGGAGACGCAAUGUGUGGUGUCUGAUGACCAUUAUUUGCUUCAUAAUGUUCGUCGUAGAGAGUGUUUACGAUGUCAUAGUCAUCUACGGCCUUGGAAGACCAUUCUGCUGGACACCUGAUGUCGUAGGGUACUAUUAUGCUGCCGUUGCCCUUUUCCCAGCAGUAGUUGCAACGGUUACAGUGAGGCCACUACUUCGAUGCUUUUCCGAGUACUGGCUCGUUCAUUUUUCGUUGAUAUCUCUUAUCGCUCAAAUAUUGACGUCUGCGUUAGCACCCACAACGCUUCACCUGGCAGUCAUUGCUACAGCUGUGAGCUUCUUCAGGACAACAGCUUCACCUGUCUGUAAAGGUCUUAUAUCUAAGACAGUCAGAAAGAAAGAGCAUGGAAUGUAUUUUGCCCUGCUAUCCCUUUUAUCGAGUCUCGUGAGUGUCUGUUCGCCUUUUGUUAUUAAUGGACUCUUCGCUUACACCAUUAAGACGGGCUAUCCCCAAAUCACUUUAUACGUGACCGCAGUUAUUCUACUGAUUCCUAUAUUUCUGAACGGGUUGCUGCAAUACAACGACAGGAGGAUAAGAAGUGGUGAAAAAUCGUCAAAUGUCGACGAUCAAAAAGCUGGAUCUCCAAACCAAAAUCUUAAUUUCGUAUCCAGCGGAGAUGAAAAAGAAAUUGAAGGAGCUAUGAAAGACGAAAACUGA